AUCCAGCGGACGCCCGAAGCCCGAGGGAAUCACCAGGCGGUCCUCGCCCAGACACCGGACCCGGGGGACUUGAAAUACGGACUCCAGAAGUGGCGAGCACGGUCAGGACAAGUUUCUCGUGGUUUGAAGAGGUCCUGAAACUCGUUUUAAUCAUCCUUUCCUCUCCUGUUUUAAAUAAGUUUAUUUAGACAAUGAAAAAAAAAAGCCUCCUGGAUGACUGUAGGUUUGUAAAUAGAAUCUGGAAAGUUUUGCAUGGUUUGGUUAUUUGCUUAUGCGUAUUUAUUAACCUGUUAACUCCAACUAGACAGCAAAUUGACAUGUAAAAUAUUCUUUGAGGAACAUUACAAGUUCGCUGCUGCAUUCAGGUAUUGUUAUUUAUCAGCUUAGUUAGCAUCUGUCUGCCAAAGUGGUACCAAAGCCUGUCCCUUGGCGACGGGUCUUGCAUGUGACACUCUUGCCCUCUAGUGCCUCACCAGCUUGGUAGCAGUUUGAUGGCUAAUAUUAAUGAGAUGUUACAUAACACAUGGCUACUGGGCCUGAACUGCUACUGCUGCCACUUGUAAAGCCAAAAGCCUGAGCCGGUGGUGGUGGAUACUGCUGUUUCAGUUUCUUUUCUAUUGAAACUUUCUCAAGCGUUUUCAGCUCUUUCAAUUUUAAUUCCAGGCUAUAUUUUCUGUGAGUCCUGAUCAAGCGAUACAAAUGUGCUGCAAUGGUUACAUAAAUUAUUGACUAAGACUGGAAAAGUAUCUGAAACACCGUCUUUUCUUUUAUUAUUUUUUUUAUGGUGCUUCUAUUAGAACAGUCUGAGCAAACUAUAUACAACAUGAGUUUUAUCAUGAAGCUGCACAGACACUUUCAAAGGACAGUGAUUCUGCUUGCCACAUUUUGCAUGGUGAGCAUUAUUAUUUCUGCUUACUACCUGUACAGUGGCUACAAACAGGAAAAUGAACUCUCUGAGAUGGCUUCUGAAGUAGACUGUGGUGCCUUCCAGCACCUACCAUACAGGUUGAUGGAAGUGAGGACAACGAAGCUUUCUGAUGCCUCGAGGACGGAGCCCACAGUCCUGGUGUUUGUGGAGAGCCAGUACUCAUCGCUUGGUCAAGACAUCAUCAUGAUCCUAGAAUCCAGUAGAUUCCAGUAUCACAUUGAAAUUGCUCCUGGGAAGGGGGAUCUCCCAGCACUUAUAGAAAAAACUCGAGGCAAAUAUAUUCUCAUUAUUUAUGAGAAUAUUUUAAAGUAUAUAAACAUGGACUCUUGGAAUCGAAGCCUUUUAGAUAAAUACUGUGUUGAAUACAGUGUGGGUGUCAUUGGAUUCCACAAAACUAGUGAGAAGAGUCUACAGAGUUUUCAGUUGAAAGGUUUCCCAUUUUCUCUGUAUGGAAACCUUGCAGUAAAAGAUUGCUGUAUUAAUCCUCAUUCUCCAUUGCUUCAUGUGACCAAAUCUUCUAAGCUUGAAAAAGGUUCUUUACCUGGAACUGACUGGACCGUUUUCCAGAUUAAUCACUCAGCCUACCAACCAGUGAUAUUUGCCAAAGUUAAAACCCCAGAAAACCUUUCUCCUCCUAUCCCUAAAGGUGCUUUUCAUGCCACUGUCAUACAUGACCUGGGGCUCCAUGAUGGAAUUCAAAGAGUUCUUUUUGGCAACAACUUGAACUUUUGGCUGCACAAGCUCAUCUUCAUAGAUGCCAUUUCCUUCUUGUCAGGGAAGAGACUAACAUUGUCCUUGGACAGGUACAUUCUUGUGGAUAUUGAUGAUAUUUUUGUGGGAAAGGAAGGAACAAGAAUGAACACCAAUGAUGUUAAGGCCCUGCUUGAUACUCAGAAUCUCUUGCGCACACAAAUCACAAAUUUUACAUUCAACCUGGGAUUUUCAGGGAAAUUUUACCAUACAGGAACUGAAGAGGAAGAUGAAGGGGAUGACCGUCUUUUGGGGUCUGUUGAUGAGUUCUGGUGGUUUCCACAUAUGUGGAGCCAUAUGCAGCCGCACCUCUUCCAUAAUGAGUCAUCUUUGGUGGAGCAGAUGAUUCUCAACAAAAAAUUUGCCUUAGAGCAUGGCAUCCCCACUGACAUGGGCUAUGCAGUGGCCCCUCACCAUUCAGGUGUCUACCCCGUACACGUGCAGCUCUAUGAGGCCUGGAAGAAGGUUUGGAAUAUUAGAAUCACCAGCACUGAAGAAUAUCCACACCUGAAACCAGCUAGAUAUCGGAGGGGCUUCAUCCACAAGAACAUCAUGGUUCUCCCGAGACAAACCUGUGGGCUUUUCACUCACACAAUUUUUUACAAAGAAUAUCCAGGAGGUCCUAAAGAGCUGGACAAGAGUAUCCAAGGAGGUGAACUUUUCUUCACUGUGGUCCUCAACCCAAUCAGCAUUUUCAUGACCCAUUUGUCCAACUAUGGGAAUGACCGGCUGGGAUUGUAUACAUUUGUUAAUCUGGCAAACUUCGUGCAGAGCUGGACCAACUUGCGACUUCAGACACUGCCGCCAGUACAGCUGGCUCACAAAUAUUUUGAGCUCUUUCCUGAUCAAAAAGACCCUCUCUGGCAGAAUCCUUGUGAUGACAAACGCCAUAGAGACAUUUGGUCUAAAGAAAAAACCUGUGAUCGCUUACCAAAAUUCUUGGUAAUAGGACCCCAGAAAACUGGAACCACUGCUUUGUAUUUGUUCCUGGUUAUGCAUCCUUCCAUCCUUAGUAACUCCCCCAGCCCAAAAACCUUUGAGGAGGUACAGUUCUUUAAUAGAAAUAACUACCACAGGGGGAUUGAUUGGUAUAUGGAUUUCUUCCCAGUCCCAUCUAAUGUUACCACUGACUUUCUGUUUGAGAAGAGUGCCAAUUACUUCCAUUCAGAGGAAGCUCCUAAAAGAGCGGCUUCUCUGGUCCCUAAAGCCAAGAUCAUCACCAUUCUUAUUGACCCCUCAGACCGAGCAUAUUCCUGGUACCAGCAUCAGCGAUCACAUGAAGACCCUGCAGCGCUGAAGUUCAGCUUCUACGAAGUGAUCUCAGCCGGGCCCCGUGCACCCUCUGAGCUCAGAGCCUUGCAGAAGAGAUGUCUGGUCCCAGGGUGGUAUGCCAGCCACAUCGAGAGAUGGCUUGUUUAUUUCCCUCCCUUUCAGUUGCUAAUUAUCGAUGGGCAACAGCUAAGAACUGAUCCUGCUACAGUGAUGGAUGAAGUACAGAAGUUUCUAGGAGUCUCUCCUCAUUAUAAUUACUCAGAAGCUUUAACGUUUGAUUCUCAUAAAGGAUUCUGGUGUCAGUUACUAGAAGAAGGUAAAACAAAAUGCCUUGGAAAGAGCAAAGGAAGAAAAUACCCUCCAAUGGAUCCUGAUAGCAGAGCGUUCCUAUCCAGCUACUACCGGGACCACAAUGUGGAGCUCUCCAAGCUGCUGCACAGACUGGGCCAGCCCCUGCCGUCCUGGCUGAGGCAGGAGCUGCAGAAAGUGAGAUAGCACUGAGAGAAAGCUCGAGAAUCCAUCUCCAUGGAACGCUCACCUCUCCCAAACUUUCAGAAGCUACCAAAAAGCGGUUGAAAAAUAUACCUCUUCAAAUGAGAAAACAAGAACAAGGUUCUGUCCAUGUGCUGGCACUUGGAUGAUGCGAAAAAAAAAGUGUCUGUUACACGCCUUGAGGCCUAUGGCCUUUCUCUUAGCCCGUAUCUGAGCCUGUGGGGUUAGUGGAGACUACUGUGCAUUCAUGUGGAAAUCAAUCACAACCAAUAUAAAUAUCAAACACAAACGCAGAACUGUUCCAUUUCGUAGUCAUAUUUACACUUUUAUAUAUCAACUAAAAUUGUGUCUCUGUAGAUUUUUAGACCACUGUUUGCCUGUACAAUGAUUUCUUAUUCUUUGAUUCUAUCAAGUGUCCUACAAAACAAGAAGCAAAGUAAACAUCGCAAUGUAGCAUAAAAUGCCAAAGGCCUAACACCCAUGAAAAAUGCUUGCCAAAAUAUAAGUCCACUGAUGUAUUUAAAAAGGAUUAUAAAUUAAAAUUUGUGCUAGAUCAGAGAGUGGGAAAGCUAUCUAUGAGCUUUUCUGCAUCAAAAAUUGUCAUAGCAAAAAAAAAAAGUGAUCUCUCAUAACAUAGUCUAGUGCAUUUAUGUAAAAUAACUAACUUCUCUAUCAUAAUUGUUAUUCUGAAAGAUAGGUUUUAAAUUCACUGGAUGGGAAAGAGAAACACAAUGAGUAUACCAAAACAGUAAAUAACAAUGUAAAGUGUACUGGCCGAAUCCUCUAAAAGGGAGAAACUGUAGAGGUUUGAAGAUAUAUUGGCAAACUACGUCGCUUUUCUGUGAACUGAAGAUCACUGCCUCAGUGGUUCUAUAGAAAUGCUUGCCUAGAAUCUGAGGGAUGUGUCAUCUACAGAAACUGAUUGACUUUUACGUGUAAAUAAAAUUGUUUUUAAUGUUCCCUAGAACAAAACAUAUUAAAUGAAAGUAAGGACAGUUUCUCUAGAUGAUGUUAGAUUAUUUACUUGUCAAUUAUAGAAAAGCUACAUUUUUUCAGAUAAUUCAAAAUGAAAUUCUGUAACUUAGAGAUCUAUUACAAAAAACAAAUUAAUAUAUGAUUUUUAAUAUGGUAUUUGCAAUGAUACAAGGCAGGAAAAGAUAAGCAAAGAUGAGUCCCAUUUUUUUAGAAUAUCUCAUACACAAUUCUCACAGAAGACAAUAGGACGUAGUCCAAUUUAUGGCUUAUCUACUAAAUUAAAUGGAAGAAGUGAAAAAAUGAGCUAGGCAUGGUUCUUACAAUAUAUUUACACUUAAAUUUUUAAUUAUUGUGAUUAGUAAAGUAUUCAAAAAAUGAAUGUCAUACUUAUUUUCUUGUGCUUACAUUUAUUUAAUUUUUAAAUAUACUGUACAUGUAAAAAGUUUAAGUAAUAAAUAAAUUCCCUGCUAUGAUUACAUAAGCUUUUAUGCAAUGUUAUCAAAAGUAUGAUUAGAAAAAAAAAGUAUGCCCUAAUUUUUUCAUUGCCAUUAUAAUGUGUGAAACUAAAGUCUAUAAAUUACUCACUAAAUAAAAAACAAAUUUUGAGAUACUUCCACUUACUAUAAUUUUUUAAACUGCAUUAUAAUUAUUAAUAAAAUUGUUUAAGUUUUAUGUACCCAAAUGCUAUACUAAUUUUUAAAGAAACAAGCUGUUGGCAGAAAGACCUGGAGAAAGAACCAGGUUUUAAGAUCCCUGACAGUAAAAGCAAAGUCAAAGCAUUUGGACAAAUGUGUUAAUCUCAGUGCUCAUGCUUACAGCUAACGUUUUUGAAACAGCAUGUUCCCAACAUGGUAGAAAAAGGAAUAUAGUCUUUAAUCUCCACUAAUUUAAGAAAACUGGCUUAAGGUCAAACAUAGUGAGAAUAGGCCCUUACAGUUGCAUACAGUAUAAUGUUUUCAUUUUGAUAACAUUUCUACUGAUUUAAAAAAAGAAAAGAAAAGAAAAGAAAAACUGAUACAUAGAUCUUUCAAGGAUGAGAUGUGCAUUUCAACUUCAAAACAAAGCUGCAAUUGGUAUAAUUUUGUCUGGGUAAAUUGUGUCAACUAAACAGCACACUCUUAAAAUAAAAUAAAAUUAAAAUAAAUGGCUCACUCUUUAAGAAACGUUUAAAAAAAAAACACACUGGAUGCUUGUGUAAUAAAAAGAAAAAAGAAGAAAUCAUACCAAAAUGUACUCAUUCAUAGUACAGAUAUUAUGCUACUAAGAACAGCAAACCUUUGAAAGGAAUUUUGACCACUCAUUGUAUCUGGGAGGCACCUCAAACUCUAGAGGACCUGAAUAUUUUCUGUAUACUCCAGCUGGUUAUUAUGCUUUUCUGAAAGUGACAUAAAUACACAUGAGAAAAGAAUGAGAGAUAAUGUGAUUUUAAACUAGCUUUGUACAGAAUUCCUUUUUCAUUGCUUCAAAUAUGAAACUUCCUCAGGAAGAAAUGAAAUGGUUAUUUCAGUAUUUAUAGCUAUAAUAUUCUUGUCAUUCACAUUGAAUGAAAAUUAAUGGAAACGUUUUUUUCUCUGAGUUUUUUAAAAUAAAAAACCUGGAUAUAAUUCUGAUAGUAGCAUGGUACCUCAUAUGUACAACAAUAAACUGUGAUAAGAAAAUGAA